UUAGUUAAGUCACAUCUGUUGUACAUUUACGUCCAAUUGUAUUCUUGAUUUAAGCUUAGAUGUGGAAAUAAUAAUUUUGAAAGUCUUCCAAACUGUUACAUUUAAAAAGGUUAUCUAGUUACAAAACCCUUUGCAUAAUAUUUUACGUAAGGGGGCUGCGCGCUUACGUCAGGGUCAGUUUUGGUCAGCAUGAGGCGCAUACUCAGUGCAGCUGUAUUAAGGCAUAUCGGUUUAUUAGGUACAAUUCCUCCCUCACAUGCUUCUCUGACGGCGGGUCCAAAAAGGGUUUUUGCACUGAAUUUCUACCGGAAAUCAACGAGCGACGGCACAACCAUGGACCUGAGUGACAUGAGGAAGAAAUACAAAGGAGAUGAGGACUGCUUCGAGGAGAGCCAGCUUGUAUCUUUGGACCCAAUCAAAGAGUUUGGAAACUGGUUCGAUCAAGCCACCAAGUGCCCUGAAGUAGGCGAGGCAAAUGCUAUGUGCAUUGCCACUGCCACCAAAGAUGGACGUCCAUCUGCUCGUAUGGUCCUGCUGAAAGGUUACAGCGACGAAGGUUUCCGUUUCUUCACCAACUACGAGAGCAGGAAGGGUUCCGAGCUUGAGAGCAAUCCAUAUGCAUGUUUGGUCUUCUACUGGGAACCUCUCAACAGACAGAUUCGUAUUGAGGGAAACGUGGAGCGAAUCCCCUUCCAGAGCUCCUGCGACUACUUCCACUCCCGGCCAAAGAGCAGCCAGAUCGGAGCUGUUGUGAGCCGACAAAGCACUGUGGUUCCUAACAGAGAUUAUUUAAGGCAGAAAAAUGCAGAACUGGAGGAAAAGUACAAGGACACAGAGGUGCCUAUGCCCGACUACUGGGGCGGUUACAUCGUAAAGCCUUACCUGAUCGAGUUCUGGCAGGGUCAGACCAACAGGCUUCACGACCGCAUCGUCUUCACCAGGCCGAAGGAUGGAGAGUCUGAGCUGGGAGAGUUUCAGCAUCCUGCAGAGGGAGGCUGGGUGUACCAGCGGCUCUCUCCGUAAAGUCUACCUCAACGGACUGUCAUAUGCAGGGAAGGGAAGUUCAUCUAGAAUUCAUCAUCACUGAUUUAAAAAAAAAAAAAAACUUUCCCUCACUUGAAGCUCAUCUUCUAAUGGAAACCUUUCAUUGUUGGUGCUUCUGUGUGUAGGAUCUACAAGCCAAACAUCUUUGUGUCGUCUUUGAGCUUAACUGUAAGAAAUCCGUCACGUCAAUCACAGGUAAUACGAGUUUCUUCAGAGGUGUGACACAACCUGAUUGUGCUGUACAACCCAACGUUUUCCAUGCAUUAUGCAAAAGAUGCUGUGUGCUACACUGGAGUGCAAACUCCAGCUGGUUGUGUCAAAUGAUUGACAGAGAAGUUAGUUACUCAGCAGGGUUGUGGUUAACCUUCACAACAUGCAAACUGUGUCUUAUUUCUUGAAAAGCACAAUCUGUCCACUCAUCUGUCAUCAGAAUGAUCUCAUCUGUCCUCCACAGACGCUGCUUCAUGUUGUUAAUUUUCAGUGUUGGAAUAACUAAUAACACUUAAUUUCACAGGUCUAUAAUUACCUAAUAAGUUUAAAGAAAGCUGCCAUUUAUAGUUUUGGACUAAUUGGAGACAAAGUUCUGAGACAGAUGUUUGGGUUUAGUUGAUUAUGUUGAGUUUAGCAGCAGUUUUUUAAAGAAUUAAUCAAUUUAAACCUGAAUACAAACACUCAGUGGCCACUUUGAAGAAGAACAGAAAAUUGUGUCCGUUUGACUUAUAAAGGUACUUUCUUUAAAAUACACACUAAAAGAUCAGUGUUACUACAUUAUUCCUUUGGCCCUGACAGCAUUUCAUUCAUAAUGACGUGACUGUAGCGGUAUUAGAUGAAGACAUUAAGUCUACCUGCCUUUUAAUAAUGAGAUUAAAAGUGCUGAUGAUUUGAAUAAUGCCAACUAUGAUGUGUGUGUUAUGUAUGUCUUGUACUAUCUGAGAUGUGAGAUUGUUGUUCAUUUGUUUACUGAAUGUUAUUUUGACUUAAAUUAAUUGUGGAAUAGAGCCGAUAUUAAAGUUUAAUUUGUAACAGGA